AUGUGGAGUGCAUGUUAUGCUGCAAACAGGGACACACUGAAACCAGGAGACACUCUCAAUUCCUCAGAUACCUUAGUUUCUGCCAUGGGGUCGUUCACUUUGAGUUUCACUGCAUUAGAUCAGAACAAACCGAACUACAGCUACCUAGUUCUUGAGGGGACUGAAAGUGUAGGAUAUAGUUUCCUGGUCUGGAUUGCCAACGGGAACACACCAAUUAUGUACCCUACGGGAGCUCUUACCUUGGACAGGAAUGGAACACUGAAAAUUACGCAAAAAGGUCGUGAUCCUAUAGAGCUUUUCUCAGCGCCACGAACUACCACUAUUAACAGUACUACUAGUGUUGUGGUGGCUACUCUGUUGGAUACUGGAAACUUUAUCCUACAGGAACUGAGCUCUGUCGAUGGAUCAACGAAGCAAGUUUUGUGGCAAAGUUUUGAUUAUCUUGCAAGCAUAUUUUUACCAGGCAUGAAAUUAGGUGUGAACUACAGAAAUGAUCACACUUGGUUGCUUACAUCAGGAGCAUUCACCUUUGAAUGGGACCCCAAAGGACACCAAUUUCAAAUCAAACAACGCGGGGUGCUUUAUUGGAGUAGCGGCGCAUUUAGAGAUGGGACAUUUGAAUUUCUAUCACCUUAUUAUGGACCCAAAAACGAGAGCGUUUGUAACUUUAGCAUAGUUUCAAAUGAGAACGAAAACUACUUCACUUACAAUACUACUGUAAAUUAUAGUAACCUAUGGAUGCUAGACUCAAAGGGGUACCUAAGGCAAACACUGUCGGACAGCGCAGCGGAGUCCGUUCAAUCAAAACCUACAGGAGGCUGUGAUGGAAAUAACACGGACGGAGGGUGCCAGAAAAUGCCCCAGCCAACUUGUAGGCAUCUUGGUGAUAGAUUUGAGAAAAAAGUGGGUUUUUUCAGUCCAGUAAUUGAAUCAUCUGAACCAACCAUUGAUUCAAAUACAAGCCUCGGCAUUAGUGAUUGUCAGGCGGCUUGUUGGGAAAAUUGUGACUGUCUUGGGUUCUACUUUAAUUUUGAUAACGAGACUGGAUGCAGAUUUUGGACUGGAAAAUCGGAGUUCAAUGAAGACACUACUGGCAAUACCACAACGAAUUACUUUGUUUUAACAAAGUCAUCUCGCGAAAAAGAAACACCAAAGUCAUCUCGCCGUAACGCACAUAAGUGGAUAUGGAUUGGCACGGCUAUUGCCGCUGCUCUAUUGGUAAUGGUGCUUUGCAUCUCGUGCUAUCUACUAAGGAGGAAACUAUUUUCAGAGGAGACCAACCCGAUGAUCGAGAAUGAAUUGCUUGAAUGGAUGGAAUCUGAUAGAUCCACUGGCGAUGUCAAGGGGCUUCAAAAUGAUAGAAAGAUGGGAAAUAAUUUGACAGUAUUUCGCUACGCAUCUGUCGUGGCUGCCACAACUAACUUCUCGGAAGAAAACAAGCUCGGACAGGGGGGCUUUGGACCUGUUUAUAAG